AUAUAGACCGGUGACAAAGUGGCGAGCAGCGCGCCCCGGGCAGCAGAGAUCACACUCAGAGGAGGAGAGAGGAGGACAUCCGCGGCAGCCACAGCAACAAGCAGGGAGGCGCGGACAGCCAAGCACCAAGCAAGGCGAGGAAACUAACCAGAGAUGGACGUCACCUCCCAUCUUAUCCUGUCAUUCUGCAUCUACCUGGCGGCUGCGCUGAUUGGAGGAGCCAGCGCGGAGGGAGCGUGUCUGCAGGACGGAAAACACAAGGCCAAGCCCAGUCCAGAGCCCUACCUGACGGAGUGCGGACUGUACGCUGACAACAGCUGCUGCACUUCAGAUGACAUCCAGGACAUCUCACAUGUUCCCUCUGUGAGCAAUAAGAACGAGCCCUGGGACAAAUGUGGGCCCCUGAGUUCUGAGUGUGAAGGCUUCCUAAAGCGCGUGUCAUGCUUCUACCGCUGCUCCCCAGACGCCUCCCGCUGGCCUCACCCUCAUCGGCGCUCAUACAUCCAGGCCGUGCCGCUCUGCCACAGCUUCUGCCGUGAUUGGUUCGAUGCCUGCAGGAUGGACAUGACGUGUGCUCGCAACUGGGCCAGAGAUCCGAGAGGACACAACUGCACCGGAAACUGCGUUCAGUACCAGCAGAUGUACCAGCAUGGCAGGGAUCUCUGCGAGAGUCUGUGGGGUGACGCCUUCAUGACAGUGGAAGACGACCCACAGGAACAGGGAGAGGCUGGAGAGAGUGAGGUGGAGGGUCGCCCCUGCGGCUGCCUGACCCUCAGUCCAUCGGACAAGGAUGUGAUCGCCGCCCUCAGGGCCCAACAGGACGACCCGGAGGAGCUGGAUACCACCAAGACCGGCCUGCCUCAGUACCGGGCUCCAUGCAAGACCAAGCUGCCCGUGCAGAACAAGAGGAAGGGAAACUCUGUGCUGCGCAAGCGCUCACUGGAGGUGGUGGAUGUGGAGGGGAGUGGGAGCGGGUUGUAGAUGAUGUAGCUGGUGAUGUCAGUAGAUAUAACAGUCCUGUUCCAGUUUUUAACUUCCAUCCUCCGAUUAGUUUUAAACACAUCUAAGAAAUCAACUUUUCCUUUAGGAGCAGAUCAAUCAAUGAGUAAACAACCGAAAGAGCAUCGUGUCUGCAAGAGCUCUGAAGUUAUUGAUUAUUUUCCCACAAAAGGUUUUUGUUUCAACUGAAAGAGUCUUUUUUUUUGCACUUUUUGCAGCAUCACACCUGCAUGAAUCCAGAGUCUCAACCUUUCUUGACUAUCAUGAACACACGCUGUAAAUGCAUUUACCCAUCUAGGCGACUUAAAUCUGUGCGUUAGCGUCUUUUCACGAACCCAUUGGAACGUAGCGGAGCAGGUCAUGCGGUGUAACCUCAUAAUGAAUGUAACUUAGACUUUCUAACAGAGGGUGAGAGGUCUGCUGGGAAGAUGACAGUGGAGAGGCAUCCUCAGCAUUUGGGGAGGGAUGGAGGGGGGGGGGGGGGGCAGGAACCACAGAAGCUGUGUUAAUACCAGAAAAGGUCGCUCUGGUAGUUUGAUCACCGGUGUUCUGUGAGUGUUUCUUUUCUAAUCGUGUUUGCAGAAUAAGGAUACUGUUAGCCAUAAAUGUUUUGUUGAUUUUUCUGAUGUGUGUGACUCUUGUUGAAAACAGUGUCUUUGUGCUUUUCUUUACAUUCUCAAUAAAGAGGAAUUUCUGAAUGUCA